AUGGGAAAAAUCACCGUCUACGAGGACUGGGGCUUCCAGGGCCGCUGCUACGAGUGCAGCAGCGACUGCCCCAACCUGCAGCCCUACGUCAGCCGCUGCAACUCCAUCCGGGUGGACAGCAGCUGCUGGAUGCUCUACGAGCGCCCCAACUACCAGGGCCACCAGUACUUCCUGUGGCGUGGCGACUACCCCAACUACCAGCAGUGGAUGGGCCUCAACGACUCCGUCCACCCCUGCCACACAAUUCCUUACAUGAGUCUUAGUUCAACACGACUCAUCUCUCACAGGAUAAAGCUGUAUGAGAGACAUGGCUACGGAGGCCUGGUGUCCGAGCUCACAGAGGACUGCUCCUGCAUGCAUGACCACUUCCAGCUCAAUGAGCUCCACUCACUCCACAUGCUGGAGGGCUGGUGGGUCCUCUGCGAGAUGCCCAACUACCAGGGGUGGUAG